GCGAGCCACAUUAAAAAACAAAAAAAAAAAUAUAUUUACAAAAUAUUGUUCUGGGUGAAGUAGACACAAAUAAAAUAACAUAAAAUAUUCGUGGACUACAAAUAUAAUUCAGUCAUUAAAUAAAACAUGGAUUUAAUACUAAGCGAAUUAAGCAACCUCUUCUUACAACAUUUAGAUGAAGGUUGGGUGCAAGCGGUUUAUUCUUCUGAGUUUUUAGACUUUGGAGAAUUACCUCCGGAAUAUGAAAUUACCCUAGACAACAACAGCCUAUCCGUAAUUCUAACAAACAUAAUGAAAAGUUGUGAUGCUUGGUUAAAUUUAGAAUUUUUAUCACAUGAAGAGAAAUCUUGGGCAGCUCUGUCUCAUCAGGUACCUUAUAAAAAGCUGUUGGCCCUCAUAGGAUACUAUAUUGAUUUAGGUAUAAAAAAUGUUGCAAAUAAAGAGAAGCGAAACAAUGCCUUAAUGGCAUCUUUACUUUACUACAAAUUAUUAUCAAUACCUGGCUACAAAGCCUAUCACAUAUACCAUUCACAAAUUUUUGUGUUGUCAUUAGCAUGUCUUGGAUUCCCAAAAGCUAUGUGUGACAACGAAUAUAAUUUUUUAAAUGCGAAAGAGUUGACAAGAGAAGUUAACUCAGUAAUUGAUGGCUUAAAACAAUUUGUCAUGGUCCUGAAAAUUGUGAUAGAGCAAUUACAACUAAAUCCAAGUGAUAUGAACUUUGAAGAUAUUCUCAGCAACAUGAUUGACAUUAUUGGAUGUGCUAUAGUAAAUAAAUUAAAUGUGGAUAAAAUUGAACUUGGUAAAGUUUCCAGUGUUAUUUAUGAAAUGAUAGAUAUUCUGCUAUGUGAUGUCAAUAGAGAACCAAACCCAGCAGCCAUCCGGUUGCUGUUCAAAUGUUUACUUCCAAAAUUUAUUUCUGCCUCUACAGAUUAUCGUAGUGUAAAUAAUAUUGUCAGAGCAUCUUAUGUAACAUAUUCAGGGCUAUUAUUAAGUAAAUAUGGAAAAGCAGCUCUACCUGGAUACAGUGUACUUUUACAACAUCUCUGCUAUACAUUAGAAGGCUUGGAGCGUGCAGAAGUGCGAAACUCCCGCGUUUCACUUAUAGUAGGGUUGAUGAGUCUUCUUCCAAAAAAAUCUCACAGAAAAACAGUAAAAUGGGUCCUUAAACUCUCUACAACCUCCAAAGUGGCACAUAGACAAAUUGCCAUGGAAAUUUUGUCAAAUUUGUUAAGCAGUGAUCUUGAAGAAUCUAAACUAGAAAAUGAAGACUCUCCAAAAAACAACCAGCCCAAUGGUCAAGGUAACGAGAAUGCGCACGAUAACAUAGAAAAUGUAGCAGAUAAUGAUGAAAAUCAAGUAAUUCAUGAGAAUGGAGCUCGUCCAGAAGAUACUGUUACUACUGAAGAUGAGAGUAGCCAAGACACAUUCGUGGAGAUUCCAGAUCAAGAAGUGAUAGAAGAAGACAUGGCAGGUCUACUCCGGCAGCGUUCGCACACCGUGCGUCACUCCGAACUCCUGCGAGCGAUAUACGAACGGUUGAAUGACGUGUCGAGCACGCUGCGCGCCCGAGCUUUUAGUAUAAUUACUGAGUGCGUUACCCACGAAAGACAACAUGUGAGAGACGCCGUCAAGGAGGUGCAGGGCGCGCGCGGCGUGGCGUGCCGGCUGGUGGCGGCAGCGGCGCGCGGCGUGUGCGACGAGCGGGCCGCCGUGCGCCGUGCCGCGCUGUCGCUGCUGCAGCGCGUGCUGGCCGCGCACCACACCGCGCCCGUCGACGCAGAUCUCGCGCUUUUGGUAGGGCUGUGCCGCGACGCCAGCAUCAUCGUGAGGUCGGCGGCCAUCGCGGCUCUCGGUGAGAUGGUCACACAAAUACCCACCGAGGCGGUGUUCGACGCCUUCCUCGCGGGACCCAUGCACCAGUUGUCAGAUCCUGAAAAUAAGGUGCAAGAGCAGGUCGUGACACAGAUACAGCAACUGCUUACAGAUCGCGUUGACACGUUCGUGUCGAAUCAAUUCAGUCCGGUGCCUUGGAUGUUCUUAGACGGGAUAACGCGACACAAUAUGAGGAGGCAUUUGCAGAAAGCCUGCACUUUACUCUCGAAAACAUCUAACUGUAUAAACCACCGCCUCGUGGACGUGGUGAGCACGCACCUGGGCGCGGCGGACGACCGGCGCGACCUGCAGUGCCUGGUGCUGCUGACCGGCGUGGCGCGGCUCGUGGACUACUCGGACAUCGGGUUCGUGCUCGACUAUUACUACAAACUUGCUGACGACACUGAGGAGCGCGACGUGCGGCUGAUGCCUCUCACAGUGGAGCUACUGUCGGUGUGGAGUCGGUUCGCGAGCAACGAACAGCGGCACGCCCUGCGCGAGCACCUCGUGAGGCGGCUCGCCACGUCUGAAGACGAAACGUCCAGGAUCCCCAUCGCCACGUUGGCGGCGCAACUCGAUCCUGAAAACCUUCAGUGGGCUACGGAAAUGAUGCAACUUUCGGAGCAGCGCGCGGCGAGCGGCGCCGACGUGCGGGAGUGGUUGCGCGCGGCGGACCUGGCGCUCGUGUCGCCCGCGCCGCCCGCCCCCUCGCUCAUGCAGCUCUUCCUCGACGCACUCGCCAAUCCUCCGCCGGAGUGGGACGGUGCAGAGAUGGGUGCGUGCGUGGCGGGCGCGGGGCGGCUGUGCGUGCGCGCGCGUGGUGCCGCGUGCCGUGCCGCGCCGCGCUUCGCCGCGCUGCUGCGGGACUGCGCCGCGCCCACCGCCGCCCGGCUCAACGCGCUGCUCGUGCUCACCGACAUCUGUACCAGAUACACGAGUAUAGUGGAGCCGCUGCUGGAGUGCGUGUGCGGCUGCCUGUCGCGCGAGUCGCCGCCGGAGCUGCGCCGCGCCGCCGCACGCGCGCUCACGCGGCUGCUACUUGCGGGAUUCCUGCGACUGCGGACGCCCCUUUAUUACAAGUACUGUGCACUCCUGGCCGAUGAAGAUAAUGACGUGAGAGAGCCCGCCGAGUACUACAUGACCUGCUGCCUCACCACGGAAACGAUAUUUCAUCACUUCGUCGACUGCGUGCUGUAUUACAACAAUGAGACGGAGAAGAUGUCGUUCGACGCCCGCCAGCUGAUCUACGACGUGAUGCUGCAGCGCAUGUCGCUGGUGCAGCGGCUGAACGCGCAGUGCCGGCUGGCGCGCGAGGUGCUGCAGCACGCGGCCGACCUCACGGACGAGGGCGCGGGCGAGCUGCCCCCCGCGCUGCACGCCGCGCUGCUCGACACCAUCACCGUGCUCUGCGGCCCGCGCAUGAAGCUACCCAGGAAACCAAUGGCCAAUGGCGAACCUGCGGACAUUGACGAUCUCCAGGAGCGGGUCACGACUAAUAUUGUUUCACAUAAAAUGAAACGCACCGUGGCGGAGGUGGUGGUGCCGGCGGUACUGCGUCUGUACUCGCGUCUGCAGCUGCGCGGUGGGCAACUGGCCGCCUAUCUCGUCAAAUUAGCUACGGAUCUACUCAAUGAUUACAGGCAUGAGAUCGAAGAACUAAUUGAGAAUGAUGAAGAGUUGGUCGAACGAAUAAAUCAGUUUCAAGAGACAAUAGGUAUAGAGUCGUCGUUCGGCAAUACACGGAACCUAGUGACGACAUCUGCUCCUCCCGAUCCGGAAACCCCCAGGGCUCCACGACGAAAGGCGCCCAGACAGUACAAAGGACCACCUAAGAAACGUGCAUUGAAAAUAUGAACAAUUUAUUGUUACAUAAAAUUUUGUAGUUGUUAAACCAUAUAUACAAUAAAAUAAAUAAGUUGUCAAAAAGUGUUACUUA